GUCUCGUCUAAUUACGGCAGCGAUCGAGAUAAGAAAUGGCGGCGCCCAUGGCUCGGAUAUGCGCUUGAUUUCGUUUGCUGCAUCAGCAAAAACACUUUUACAAAAGACCAGUUUACAAAAGUCAUCUGUAUCUUGUCUCUUUUUUGAAAAGAUAAUUUCCAGAACAAUGAGUGACCAGCCACGUUGGAAGAUCUACGUCACACGAAGGCUAUUGCCAGAGGCCCUUGAUCUGCUGAAAGAAAAAUGUGAUAUUGAGAUAUGGGAUCAUGAUAACGUGGUGCCACGAGAUGAACUGCUCAAGAGGAUCGCCGGCAAGGAGGGAAUGCUCUGCCAACUCACGGAAAAAAUCAACAAGGAACUUCUUGAUGCUGCAGGACCCAGUCUGAGGGUGGUGAGUUCUAUGUCCGUUGGAUAUGAUCACGUAGAACUACAACAGCUGAAAGAAAGGAACGUGUUGCUAGGUAAUACCCCAGGCGUCCUGACUGAUGCUACUGCCGAGCUGACUGUCGCUCUCCUGCUUACUACAUCCAGACGACUUGUUGAAGGCACCCACCACGUCAAAAAUGGCACUUGGGGAUCCUGGAAAGCCACAUGGAUGUGUGGUCCGGGCCUGUCAGGGAGCACUGUUGGUCUGGUCGGUUUUGGCCGUAUUGGGCAAGCAAUCGGUCAGCGUCUCAAACCGUUUGGUGUCAAGAGAUUCCUGUACUGUGGUCACACUCCCAAGCCUGAAGCUCCAAUGUUGCCGGCUGAAUUUGUAUCUCAGGAUGAGCUACUCCAACAAUCUGACUUUGUCGUUGUCUGCUGUGCGUUGACGCCAGAGACCAGAGGAAUGUUUAACAGCGCAGUCUUCAAGAAAAUGAAGAAAUCUGCAGUAUUCAUCAACACUAGCAGGGGUGCUGUCGUCAACCAAGAGGAUCUCGUGGAGGCUUUAGAGUCUGGUACCAUAGCUCUAGCGGGUCUGGAUGUCACCACGCCAGAACCGUUGCCUGUGGAUCACCCAUUACUCAAGUUGACCAACUGCGUUGUUCUUCCGCACAUCGGCAGCGCUACCCUUGAGACGAGGACAGCGAUGGCCAUGCUGUCGGCCGAAAAUCUUCUCACUGCGCUAGAAGGCAAGCCUAUGCCAGCUCAGGUUAAAUUAUAGAUCACGCCAUAUUUGUAAUUAAAGAUUGACUGUCCGUGAAAUUUUCCAGGCUCAACUCAAAAAUAUGUGCCUUUAAUUUGGGCGAUUCACAAUGCAGUGUGCCACCAGUGCAUUGUGGGAGAUGGUCGACAAAUUCGCAGCGCGGGGCAUUUGAAAAUGUUAGUUUUUCCGGUCAGUAGUUUCGUA